AUCAAAGCGAAAACAAAACACUCUCAAACGGAAAGACAAACAAAAACGAAAAUACCGAUAAUAAAUAAUGAUAUCGUCAAUAUUAGCCGGUCUUUGCCUGCUUCUACUUGGGUUAUAUUUAUUUUUAAUUUGGCCCUAUGAUUACUGGAAGAAACGUGGUGUUAGUGGACCUAAGCCACUGCCAUUUGUGGGCAACUAUUUGAGUACCCUUACUCAAUAACGCAACAUAGUCUAUGAUAUUCAAGAUGUCUAUGACAAAUAUAAACAUACGGAUAAUUAUGUGGGAAUAUACUCAUCUCGAACACCCCAACUGUUAAUAACUAAUGCCAGUAUGGCUCGAAGAAUUCUAGUUUCGGAUUUUAAAAAGUUCCACGACAAUGAUUUUUCAAAGAUGAUUGACAAAGAGUCCGAUUUUAUUUUCGGUAAUAAUCCCUUUAUGUUGACCGGCGAAGAGUGGAAGGAGAGAAGGGCUGAAGUAACUCCAGGUCUUACAAUGAACAGAAUAAAAAAUGUAUUUCCCGUCACAAAUAAGGUGUGCAAGAGCAUGGUGGAAUAUAUUGCUCAGCAAACAUUAAUGGCCAGCAAGGAUGGCAUUAAUGCCAAUGAUCUUAGCCUGCGUUUCACAUGCGAUGUGGUUACCGAUUGUGUCUUGGGUAUAAAUGCGGAAUGCUUCAGAAAGGAGCCCAGUGUCAUUCUAGAUAAUACGAAAAAACUCUUCGAUCAAUCAGCUACCUUCAUAAUUUAUACCACACUUCUUGGCAUAUUUCCUUGGUUGCACAAAUAUAAGAAAGUCUAUUUCGUACCGAAGCCAAUAGAGAAAUUUUUCGUCGAACUCAUGCAAAAUGUGUUGAGCAUGAGAAAAUCUCAAAUAGAGGAGGGUGUAAAUGAGGAUCGCGUCGAUUUUCUAAACUACAUGCUACACUUGCAGGAGAAAAAGAAUUUGAAUCUUAAAGAGCUGACUGCCCAUACGAUGACAUUUUUGUUGGAUGGUUUCUUGACAACUGCAAAUGUCUUGUCACACUGUCUGUUGUUGUUGGGUCGUGAUUCGAAACGUCAAAAUAUCUUAAGGCAAGAAAUAAAGGACAAACUAGGCAAUGUCAAUGACUUUGAUAAAAUCAUGGACUUGCCUUAUCUCGAUGCAUGUAUUCAUGAGAGCCUUCGCUUAUUCCCUCCGGUAAGUUUCAAUUUGAAGACAUGCACUGAAGCCGCGGAAUUGGAAAACUCGAAUGGAACUAAGUUAAGUUUAGAUGUGGGAACAUCUGUUGUUAUACCCACCCUGGCCAUUAUGACAGAUGAAGAUCAUUAUGAGAAGCCACAUUGUUUUCAACCGGAACGUUUUCUUAACGGUGGUCUUAAAAGAUAUAAGGAGCAGGGUCUAUUCCUUGGAUUUGGCGAUGGUCCGCGGAUUUGUUUGGGCAUGCGUUUUGCUUUGGCCCAGUUAAAAACAGCCCUGGUCGAGUUAGUUCGAAAUUAUGAGAUUCACAUAAAUCCAAAGACGCGUAACGACAAUAAGGCUGACCCAACUUAUUUUAUGUUACGUCUUGAUGGCGGUAUUUGGCUUGAUUUUGAAAAAUUAAAAUAAUCUAUACAACAAUAAAAUAAUUGCUAAAAUAA